AUGGGCAAGGCUUUCUACAAUCGAUACAAAGAUCGAUUCAACAAAAAGAAAGGCUUUGAAACAGAAGCGAAUAUCGGAUCCAUCACCCCUCUCAUGCAUCAUUGGCUCGAUAGAGGAUUUUGGGCCUUCGAAACCAUUACCUCCGACAAAACCAACAUCGACAGUGAUCAUUACAACACACUGAAGCUAUGCUGGCUCCCGGGAUGCUUCAGUGAUGAUUCGAAGUACCCAUCUGCCAUCGAUGACAGUGGGCUUGAUCAGUUUGUUUCUCGCCUCGCCGUCGACUUGAAAAAGGCUUAUGACGAUGGAUUCCAACCUCGUCGCCCGAGUAAGGGCAAUGGUGUCAUCGGAGCCUACCGCUGGUCUGGGGAGCCGGUGGAAAGUGGCCAAAUAUUCGAGGUCAAACACGACACCACUGCGGACAAACAAUUGUUAGGAGACAUGAUCCAUUUACAAUGGAGAUGUCUUCGUAUCCUAGCGUUGGCAGGCAUCGCCGACGCGGAGCUACCUGGCGAGGAUAGCGGUAACAAUAACGAUGACAACAACGAUGGUCCUCAAGAUGAUAACGAUGAUGGACACCACAAAGAUGAUCUCAAGAGGGGUAAAGAAAGCCCCCCUCCCGCACCACCAAGUCCUACCAAACGUGCUCGUCACACGUCAUCCGCAUCCGGCACGGGUUGGGAAGACCGUCUCCAACAAAGACAGGGGAAGGUAGUCCAAAGUGAAUAA